AUGGACCCAGGAGUCCGCUCCAUAAGCGGCCACCUGAACCUACCUCUCUUACAAGAGCUCAUACAGCUGACACAAUACUCGGAUACCCAGCUGGCUAAGGACAUACAACAGGGUCUGCCUGUGAUCGGCAAGAUGCCGGAGAUAAAGGGGGUCUUCGCCCCGCUCAAGUCAAAUCCUGACCCGAAGGAAUCCAAUAAGAAGAAGACGAAGAAGAAGAAGAAGUUGACAGCGUCUCAGCUCUUGGACGAAGCCUCGUCAUCCAUGAGAAAAACCUUGAACGAGAUCCGUCUAGGAGAAUUCGACGAGGAGAUUUGGACAGCCACCCUAGCUGAGGUAGAGUCGGGACUCAUGGAGGGUCCAUACAGCCACGAGGAGGCAUUCCAGAGGUUCGGUCGCCACGUCAUCUCUAAGCGCUUUCCGGUCAGACAACCGGAUAAGACGAGAUUAUGCGACGACUAUCGCCGGAGUCAGGUUAAUGCAGCCACCGAGUAUACCCAGCGUAUCACUCUCCCGACUCAUCAUACGUUGGAGGUGGCAUGGAGGAAAAUGUCUAAGGCACGACCUGGCGAGCCUAUGACGAUUUACAAGUCGGAUCAUGCGGCAGCUUACCGACAAGUACCCACUGACCCUAAUGAAGCCCCCUUCCAGCUCAUCUGCGUAAAAGGACCCGAUGGCGAACCGGCUAUAUUCCGACAUCUGGCCCUCUCGUUCGGAGCCAGCUCGAGUGUCGUGAACUAUUGCAGACUCUCUCAAUGCCUGAUCCAUCUACAUAGGGUGAUGUUUGGAGCGGUGAGCAUGUCGUUCAUAGACGACUACUGGGGAAUAGAGCCAGCCACCUCGGCUGCCACAGCAUACGAAUGCUGGACCGUGCUCAAUGAGCUCCUAGGAUUCAAAGAGAAGGAAUCCAAGAAGGCACCUCCCUCCUCGGAUGUUCGUCUACUGGGGCUAGACGUCCAGCUCUCUGCCAACACUCUGACCUUGUCUCUCACUGACGAGAAGCGCAAGCAGCUGUGCAAUUCCCUCUCCGAG